CUAAGCUCAGUCAAUUUCCAUACAAUAAUUAUAACAUUAAAACUCAUGAACACUAUAGAGUGGAAGUGGAUCUAAGAAGUGAGUUGAGUUGUCGGCAACAGACAUGAACACUUUGCUAUUUCUAGCAAGAGUUUCAGGUCUUGCAGUUGCAUUUCUAGUUCUCUUCUGGACUCUCUCUUUCAAAUCUAGCUUCCUCAAUCCUUCACUUCCUCAACAAGAUCUCAUCUACGCAAUUCUUCAUCCAUUGCUUAUGGUCAUUGGGUUUAUCCUCUUAAGUGGAGAAGCAAUUUUGGUGCAUAGAUGGUUACCUGGUUCCAAGGGUUUGAAGAAAUUGGUACAUUUAUGGCUUCAAGGAUUGGCUUUAUCUUGUGGGAUAUUUGGAAUUUGGACUAAAUUUCAGGGAAAGGAUGGGAUUGUGGCUAAUUUCUAUAGUUUGCAUUCAUGGAUGGGUUUCAUUUGUGUAUCCCUCUUUGGAGCUCAGUGGCUAAUAGGGUUCUCAAACUUUUGGCACCGAGGAGAAGUGCGAAGAGUGCGGACAAAGAUCUUACCUUGGCAUGUAUUUGUUGGUCUAUACACUUAUGCAUUAGCAGUAGCAACAGCUGAAACUGGAUUACUGGAGAAGUUGACAUUCUUGCAAACACAAAGAAAUGUAUCCAAGCACAACACUGAAUCCAUGGUUGUGAAUACUUUGGGACUUUGUCUUGCUCUCUUUGGUGGCUUUGUUAUUUUAGCUGCUGUUUCACCUAAUAAGUAUCAAUACAUUCAAAACAAACUUUUGUAUUCAUCUUAAUAAAACCCAUUUCACUUGAUCAUUAAUUAUUCAGUAAUAACAACUAAAUGUAUAUUUUAUGGAGGUGUUGUUGUUAUUCUCUGUAUAGCUGUUGUUUUUUGUUUUUCUA